AUGGCUUCCGACACCACCGGCUCGCGAGUCGAGCUUUCUCCCAUGAUUCUCUACAAGCCACCGACAAUCUGGGGUAUCCUCCGUGGUGCAGCCAUCAACCUUGUUCUACCAUUCGUGAACGGUUUGAUGCUGGGCUUCGGUGAACUAUUCGCACAUGAAGCCGCCUUCCGUCUAGGCUGGUCCAACACCAAGAUCUUCCCGACAUACCGCCGCGCACAUCCAGUGGGCCCAGGAGUCGAAAUUCGGGACCUUCCUUCGGAGCGCAGGCGGGCCACCUCCGCUGCUGGCUUGAAUGACACCUCGGCCCUGGAAUAA